CCAGAACGGUGGGUUCUAAGAGGAAGCGUUUGACUUCCAUUCUUUGUUUUUCCAUUUAUGUUUCCAAUAAAUAAACCCAUCAUCUCCUCAUCUCAUCCCCAUCCCCAUCCUCGUCCCUAUCCUCCCAUAUCCUCACCCUCCCUGAACAAUUACCUCACCACAAUGUAUCCCUCGUUCCUCCGAUUCACACUCACACUCACAUUCAUAUUCACACUCCUCUCCCCAAUCCUCUGCACCCAAGCCCCAACCACAAACCUCACGCCCACCACCAUCCCCAUCGCCGUCGGUCUCCACGGCGCCCUCUCUUUCUCACCGAACAGUACUUCCGCGUCCGUGGGCGACAUCCUCGAGUUCCGGUUCUUCAAUGGGUCCGCGCCGCACUCCGUCGUGUCGGGACCGUUUGGGACGCCGUGUUUGCCUGGGUCAGGCGGGUUUUUCUCGGGAUAUCUGGAGGGUAACGACACUUUCUCAGUAACGGUCACGACCACAGACCCCAUCUGGUAUUACUGCUCUGCGCAUAAACACUGUCAAUAUGGAAUGGUUGGUGUCAUUAACCCGCCGGUCAAAGCCCCGAACUCGACACUGGCCCAAUAUGCCAUGGCGGCGAAAGGGGUAGCGAUGGCGGGGGCGCCGCCGGAGGUUACGGGGGGCGUGGCGGGGAAUGGGAGCGUGGCUGCGAGUUCGAGUGCGGUGGCGCCUGUGAAGCCCGUGCCGACGGGGGGUGUGGGGAGGAGCAGCAUCGCGGCUGGUGGGGUGGGGAUUUGGAUUGUGGGAGGGGUGGUUGGGGCGUGGUGAUGUAGUGAGGAGGAGAGUCAGAGUGAGAGGGGUUUCAGAAUUAUUGAAAGAGAGGAAGAUAUCGAUUAGUAAUGGAAUGUUGAGAGACUUGUGUUGGA